AUGUCUUUCCCUCGUCUCAAUAGUCGAUCACCACCCCGCUCCAGUACCACCUUUGUCCGUUCAUAUUUGCCUCCUUCGUCGUCAAUGUCAUUGCCCCCGCAGUUAGCCAAUGUUCUCGCCGCUUUCCACCCUCGGAAACCGAAGCAACGAGCCACUUUCGUCGCCCUGAUCAUCCUCGUGUGUCUUUCCAGCUACAUUUUCAUCGCAAACAGCGCCUCCUUUUCCCCAGCUAUGGCUCUCCGGCGGUCGGACUCGGCUGCCGCAGAGCAGCUGGCUAUAGCCUUGGAGACGAUUCAAAACUCGCGACUGGCCGGCGGGUCAGGCCACAAGCACCUGAAAGGGGGUCAUCAUCGAAAGAUGUCUCUGAAGCUUGACCAAGCGCAGGAACUCGCUGCCGUUACCAGCUUUCUUGCGAGCCUUCCUCAGAAUGUCAUCCCUCCCUCCGUAGACCCGUCAAUACCAAUCGACCCUUCGUUAGUGUUGGACUUUGAUACACGGGGGCCACGCGCUCGUGAGGAAGUCAAGGCAAUGGUUGAGGAUGUUUGGCUAAGAAAUCCAGUUUUCCUUUGGUCAAAGGUGUAUUCGCCUGCGUCACGAGAAAUCAAAAGCAUUCUUGCAGAUCUAUAUCUCCGUCCUGCGCCUACUAUCAUAGACGUUGACAUCCGGGACGAUGCAGACGUGCUAAUACCCAUGCUUGCCCGCCUCACUUCUUAUCCCGAACUCCCCGUGUUGCUCAUCGGCGGCAAGCCCGUUGAUACAUCUGUCGAUAAUAUUCGUGCUCUAGAAAAGAGUGGUGAAUUACAAAAGAUGAUCACGGAGGCUGGUUCCCUUAUCAAUGGCUCGAAGAAGAAGAAAAACAGAAAAUGA